GUGCCGGCGUCAGUCUACACGCCCAUGGCUUCGUCGUUGAAGAGGGCGGCUGGCGGCAUCGCGAAUCUCGGCAUGCCCGUGGAGCACGCGAAGAGGACGUGCAGCAACCGCUCUUUGACCGACCAGGAGCUCAGAGAGCAUUGGGAGCCAUUUGCUAAGUUCGGAAUGCUUCCCACGCCGAAGCUCGCUAUCAGUUUGGUGAGACGCCGCGCGGAGUGCCUGUGGAAAGAGCUCUUCUUGGUGAGUGACGCUUCCAAGAUCGAGGUCUUGGCCAAGCAGCUACGUGAGGUUCUGAGGGUCUGGACAGGCCCUCGCGCUACCAACCGCUUCGACACGUUCGACCCUAAGCUAAUCAGUGCAGGCGUCGCCGACGCCGAGAUGCCGGACUUCUUCGCGAAGUGCACUUUCACGAGCGGCAUCGGGCAGUGGAUGCGUGCCAGGGACGCGGACUUGGGCGAGGGAGCUGCCGUGCUGCUGCUGGACGGGAGCGCGGCGAUGAGGGCCCUUCGGAGCUUCCUGAUCAAAGUCAUCCACGAGAUUACCGGCGUCGAGAUCUUUCAGGAGUGCAGUCGUUUCGAGCAGGAGGCUUUGCGCACCACGGGCUUCGCCGCGCCUAUGCAGGCCCUUGGCCAACGCGCGUUUUCUGCAUAUGGUUGGCACUGGAAGAACCAGAGCGACAGGCUGAAGGCGAUCGGCAAGAUCUCGAAGCCAUCCACUCAGGUUACCGGGGCCGUCAUCAAGGAUCUCAAGGCAAUGUGCGACAAGAUCCUUAAUUGGGAGCAGCAGGUGAAUGGCCAGAUCUGCAUGGCGCUGCGCGCUGGCCUCAUCAAGAAGGCUUCGUUGAUGGCCGAAGACCUGCUGAAGUCAAAGAGGAGGAAGCUCGAGCAGAAGGACUCUAACACGGAGGAACACGAGAGGACCGUCUUCAUGCAUGGCACGAAAGACUUCUUCAAUCAGUUGCACAACCCCGACCCGUUCAACGAAGAGAUCGCGAAGUGGGCCAGCAAGCUCUCCGACUCCUUGCAGGACGUGGACAAGGGCGCGAAGAUGUCGAUGGUAUCCGGGGCCAUCGCGGCUAGGACGCCCGCUUUGGCAGAGCACGCCCAGAGGCUGCGUGGCGCGAUCGGGGCUUGCAAGCCAUGCGCCUUGCCUGAGCAGAUCGAGAAUGAACCCUACAAGCUGUUGCAGAGCAUUGCGGCUGACGCGGCGGAGAAGCUCAGCUUCGGCAGUGGCGGCGCGUCUCACAUCUACGACGCGAUCGAGAUGCUCGCAGAAAUUUCCCCGAAGGGCUGCAAACGCGACUGCGGGAAGUUCAGCGCAUAUCUGAAGUCGGCAUGGAGGCUACAGUGCGUGACGGUGACCGCGGAGGCGAAGCUGGCCGAUUGCGACGGCAACCGCGCCGACUUGGACAAGCUGGCGAGGGAGUUGAGCCAGGCAGUUCAGCGUGCGACGGAGAAGUGCAUGCCGCGCAUGCCCACUGCCCUGGCGGAUAUGUUCUGCAGCGCCCUCAACGCGCGCGUGGAGAGCUCGCGUGCCAAGGCGGAGGCGCUGGUCGUGGAGAUCGGAUCGCAGGUGCGCGAGUAUUUCCACAACGGGCGCGGCGCUUCGCGGGGCCAAGCGCGGGGUGACACGGCGGACACUCUCCAGUCGGAGUACGCGGCGCUCUUGCAGAAGACGGUCGGCUUCUCGCUUCCACCGAAAGCUGACGUCGACGCGACGGCCCCUGAGUUGAUCCGCGCGGCCCGCGUGCUGACGCUCGAGCACUCCUUCAUCAGCCGCUUCACCAACGAGGCUACGAAGCGUGACGAGAUUGUGGUGCGGAACGAGAUGAGGGACACCCAGUCCUCCCUCAAGGAAUGGUCGCUGGCGCCAGAGGGCGCCCCCGCUGCGCUGGUGGCGCGUUGCCGCGCGGACCUGCGCGUGCAAU